AUGAAGCGUACAAUUCGCAUUAGUCGUCGUGGUGUCGUCGCCAACAGGCCCCAGUACCAAACCACUCACUCUGAGGACGACGUCUCGCGAUUCCUAUACACUCCACCCAUCCAUCAUCUGCCUCCAGAAAUUCUGAGUAUGAUCUUUUCAUUAACCGUAGAUCAACUUGAUUGGGCAUCUCGCACCUUGUUGGGCUCCAUAUGCCGGCGAUGGAGAGAAGUGGCGAUCAAUACGAAGAGCCUAUGGAACAAAAUACCCAUAGCAGAAGUCAAAGACACAGAUUGCUUUUUUCGCACGAAUGGGAUGUACCCAUGCUCCGAGUUCCUUCAAAUAAUUCUAGAACGAGCAAGUGGAAGUCCCAUCACUGUAGACAUUGACGCCAGUACCAAGUUCUAUGAGUGUAUCCUCGCAGCACUUCACGGCGUGAUGCUUGAUAUCUCCAGUCUAUUGCUCUCUUUUGAGCGGGACGACGAGGAAUACUUUCCCGGAUUGGAUUGGGAUAUUCGACACCUCCGCUUACCCUCUCUUCGAAGUUUAAAUAUUGAUUGCCGCAGAAUAUAUUUAUCCCAAACAGUUGAUCCCUUCUUCAAACGUUUGCUCGAUAUCGCCGUUCAGUCAAGAAUGGUUGAGCAACUCGAUUUGAUUCUUAACUGCGAUACCUCUCUCUUGGUACCUCCUCAUGAAAUCUUCUCCAAGGCGAGGUGUUUGAAGUUGUAUCUCACUCGUGAGUAUCUCGAGUCCUGUGAACAAUCUGCUUUGGGGUUAACUAUGAAUAUGAACUUAGAGACUAGCGAAGAUUGUUUAAGAUCUCUUCAGCACCCUAUAUCCCUCUCAGCUUUUCAACACCUGCACAUAAAGCCGCUUGGUCUCUUCUUGAAAUGCAUCACAUCUCCGAGACUAUAUUCAAUCGAGACUUACUACUAUAAGAGAGACGAGAACAGUCAACUGGCUAUGCUCAAGUCGGUUGCUUCGCAGCUCCGGGAAAUGACCCUGGGCUUACUGGAAUAUUCCCCUGUACUAUCGGGAUGUCCCGUUCCCUUUCCUCAGCUGAGAGAGCUCUGCGUCAAGUCCGACUUUUCAGCUGACUUGGCUUCUCUUUUAAUUCUGGCUUCAAACCUUGAAUACCUGCUG